UUGCGGUAAAGGAGUUGAAUCCUUUAAGUGCGUUGAAUAAAAACAAAGUAUUAAUCGCAGGUUUUGCUACUGAUGAUUAUAUCAGAGUGCAAGGGGCCGUUGCUGUGUUAACAUGGUAUACAGCACACAAGGUGAUCUUGUAGUAAUUUUAAGCGCGUAACUGAAGUGUUUCCAGUAGCUGGCGUUAAGUAUUGUGCCGAGGAAGCGUAGCCAGCAUUAAAGCCACUGUGCGUUGUGCUUUUUUGUGUUUUUGUAGAAAAUGUCCAGCCCAUUGGAGAGGGAGACCUUGCUGGUGGCAAAGGAUUAUGUGGGUUUCUGCACUGGGAUCCGGCAAGACCCUCCAAGCGAGUCAGCCAAAGCCAUGAGACAACUGGCGAAGCAAACGGAGAGGCAACAUCGGUCAACAUUUCAAACCUUAGUGCAGAACUUCUUGGACAACUCUGAACCCGACUUCCUGACCAGUCUGAAGCAGACCAUGGCAGCGCUGGCGCAUGACGGACAGUUGAACUGGGGAAGAGUCGUAGCGCUUUUUGCAUUCGCAGGAAUGCUAGCGAGCGAGCUCUCAUCCCGGGGAGUGGACGUCAGCAACAGAAGGUUAGCGGAGACGAUCGCUCGCUACCUCAGCGAGGAGCACGGAGAAUGGCUUCUGCACAACGGUGGCUGGGUCGGCUUCCUAUCCUUUUUCCACAUGGUGAGAGGUGCGGACUUGGGGUUGUUCCUGAGGAACGCUUUCUUUGCAGUCUCCGUUGCGAGCAUUGCAGGGAUAGCCGCCCUUCUUCGCCCUGGAAGACUUCCUCUGGGGUCCUUGCUUCGGCUGUUUUUUGCCUGAAGGAUCAUGUUCUGAUCCUAGCAAAAGUCAAAUGUAUUCGUUGUCAUAAUUGUUUGUUUUUUUUUUUUUUAAUUCUUGAUUUCUGACCAGUUUUGGAAUUUUUUAUGACGUUCUAGUUCCAGCUUUAACUACUAUGGUCAAAAUCAGCUGGCAUUAGUCAAGCAGCUUUCCUGUAUUUUCCCUGCAGAUGUAUAUAUUUCUUCACUUGUUAUUCUUUUUGAUUUAAUUAAAAAAUUAGCCCAUUAAGAGACUUGUGUGCUCAU